AUGAUAGUGAGAUCUGCCUUUUGCAAGGCGUCUUCAGCUCGGCCUCUUCGAACCCGACCCUCGAAGCAGGGUCGUGUGAAUGCUGGCCUCAAACCACCAGUCAUCUACCUCUACGGACACCGUCCGUCGAGACAAAUGAUUGGCUGGCGAGUGGGCAAAAGAGGGAGGGCCAAUUCGAGGAAUAAAAUGCAUGCUCAUGAAGAGAAGCUGGCUUUCGAAGAAUCCCUUACUUCAUUGAUACUGGAAUACCUUUUAUUUCUUUUGAGAAGGUGGGUUGAAGAAUUCGUAAAUUGGCUUCUUUGGACACCGACGGAGGGUUGCAUUGAACUUUUGACUGUUGAAUUGUGCUAA